AUGAGUGUCGAUGAGGAUAAAGAAUUUAUGGAACCAAAUCCUGAAACUGCCUGGCUGGAACAAAGAACAACAAUUGGUGAAUUUAGAGUUUGGCAUAUUAUAGCAUUUUGUGUUGGCAUAUUGUUAAGUAUAGUUAUAAUGGUCUGCUGCUGUAUGCGAUUUCGAAUACCACGCACCAAACAGGAAAUCGAAGCUGAUUAUCAGCGGAAACAGAUUACCAAGAAAUUUCGAGAAAAAUUACAACAAAUUAAAAAUUCCGAAAUGGAUGAUAUGGAUUUACAAAAAGCCAUUGAAUACAUACAAACUCACUAUCUGACGAAACAAUGCAACAGUGUGGAGAGUUUAGAUAAGGAUUUAAAUAAACUUAAAAAUCAAAUUGCCACAAUUGAUAAUAUUAAAGUUUAAAUAACUAUA